AUGUAUGCAACUACAUUGAAAAAGAAUACGUUAGUCAAUAAAGUUUCGUAUUUAAUAAUGGCCUCUGACAGUGAUUACAAAGUUCUGAAGGAGAAAGUACAGCGUCAAGAUGCUAAAAUCGAGUUAUUAUCUAAUCAAAUAAUUAAUUUAAUGGAUCGAUUGGAAUCACUCGAUAAUAUGAAAACGAAUUUGGAAAAAGAAUUAUUAUUAUAUCAAAAGAAGCCGUGUGAUAGUUGUCGUAAUUGUCUUUAUAUUGCCGAUGGUCGCGGUGGUCAUGAUGAUCGUCCUGUUGGUUACUAUCAUGUCUAUGUUAAUCCCGGCACUAUUGAUCGUUAUAGUGGUAAUUUUCUUGUUCAUCCUUAUGGUAAUAUUUGUAAUUGUAAUUGUCAUCCAAAAUAA